UUGCAUUUUACGCAGCCAGAGAGGAUCAAAGGGACCCGGGGGGAGAACGCCGCGGACUCGCCCGCUUUAGUCCUGGGGCUGGCGCGGAGCAGGCAGGGACGUGUAUCUUUAACAGAGCCUCGCUCUCAUUGCUGGGGGGAAGAAAGAGGGGGCUGAUGAGAGGCGGCCCUCGCCUAUCUCCCCCACACUAAAGCAGCCUCGCGGGGCUCCCUCCCCCCCGACCAGGAUAACGCGGGCAGGUGGUGGCAGCCGGAGCUUUUCGCUGUCUGUGCCCCGCCUCUCGAGCGGCCUGGGCUCUUCGCCCCCGUCUCUCCCCACCUGUAGGGCUCUCCGCCCGGCCUUCCGCGCGCCCUAGCGGUGGGUUGGGGGAAGCGGAGCCCGUAGCAGCUGGGGAAAGAGGAAAAUUCCAGCGCGAAGAAGGCCAGCCCUGCCCCGCCUCCCCGCGGCGGGGAAAGGAGCGAGAGGCUGCGCUGGCCGGGGCGGAGCGGGGCUGUGCCGGGAGCAGGGAACCCUGCGAGUGGCUGGGAGGGAAGCCGCUGUUCAGCCCGAGCCGGAGCGGCAGGGGAAGAGCGGCCCGCGGCGGCGGCAGCGGGGGACGGCUCCGCCGGUCAAGUUUUCCAAGAAGAAAAAGCUAAAACUAAAGCUCCUCUUCCUCCAUCUGAAACAAAAAAAACUUUGAAGUUUCUUCAUUUGAUGAUACAGAACCAACUAAACUGAACCAUGGAACAAAAAGAGAAUAUAACUGAAAAAGACAUAGAAUUAUCUGUGGUCCUUCCAGGAGAUGUGAUCAAAUCUACUACUGUUAAUGGCAGCACACCCAUGAUGGACUUGCUGAUCUUUCUCUGUGCACAGUAUCAUUUAAAUCCAUCAAGCUAUACCAUAGACCUGAUGUCAGCAGAGAAGAGACAGAUUAAAUUCAAACCCAACACACCAAUUGGAAUGCUUGAAGUAGACAAGGUGAUUUUAAAGCCAAAACAUAUGGAUAAGAAAAAGCCCACUCCUAUAAUGCCAGAGCAAACGGUAAGACUGGUAGUAAACUACAAGAGAACACAGAAGACUGUAGUGAGAGUGAGUCCACAUGAACCUCUUCAUGAGUUCAUACCAAUUAUCUGUAGCAAAUGUGAGUUUGAUCCUUUGCACACUAUAUUGCUGAAGAACUACCAGUGUCAGGAGCCCCUUGAUGUAACAAAAUCUCUUAAUGAAGUUGGACUAAGGGAAUUGUAUGCAAUGGAUGUCAGUAAAGCCACUCCAGCUGCUGACUUCAAUUUAUCAUCUUUACGAGAGUCCUGCCAAAUUUCUCAAAACCCAGAUACUUUGAAGGAGAAAGAAAAUAAAGGAUUUUUCAGCUUUUUUCAGCGAAGUAAGAAGAAACGAGAACAAACUGCCAGUGCACCAGCAACUCCACUGAUGAGCAAACCCAGGCCAACUUUUAUCAACAGAUCUAACACGAUUUCCAAGCAGUACGACUCUAACACAUUGCCAUCUGAAAUGCCAAAGAAGCGAAGAGCACCCUUGCCUCCAAUGCCUGCCUCUCAAAGUGUCCCACAGGAUCUUGCACAUGCCCAAGUGAGAUACACAUCAUCUUGUGUCGUGAAAUCUAAUAGUGUUGAAGAAAAUGAACAGGGUCAGUUGAGACUAGGAAUAGUGAGAACAGGUUCUCUGCAGCUCAGUGGCACAUCAUCUGUUAACUCUUCUUUGAGAAGGACUAAGCGCAAAGCGCCCUCCCCACCCUCUAGAAUACCACAAGACCAAAGUGACAACAGUAAAAGAACUGCAUCAGAGUUUACAGAAUCAAACCCUGUAGAAAGUAUUGUGGAAGAAAGAGAUGCAGAAGUACUGUUUCCAACAGGCGAUAAAGUUGAUGUAACCAGAGCCACAGUGCCAUCAUGUGCCUCUUAUUGCUUAGAUGCAGCCAAUCAUGAACAAAACACUGUCCAGCAACUGACAGAUGAAAGCAACCUUUCUGGUAACGCUAGCUGUCCUGAUACAUCUGAAAUGCCUUCUAAAUCUGGAAUUUGCUCUGAAUAUAGCCUGGAGGAGAUCAAUGAAAAGGAACAGAAGAAUAUACAGCACAAAGAGGAAAGUGAAAGUGCAGAUACCUCUCUUAUGACACAAGAGGUUUCUGCCUCCUUCAUUUCUACUGAUGUACCACUAGAUACUGAAAAAAAUGAUUCUGCUUCAUCAUCUUCAAUUCCUGGCAGUGACUCUGUAAAUAACUUUCAAAGUUUCAAGGAAGAAAAACAAGAAAAUAUGAGCACAGAUGGCAAAGGACCACACAGCAAGAUAGACAGUGAACAAAUUACAUUUGAAAAUGACAAGAAGUUGGGAAUAUUGGAUCCAAAUAAAAAUUAUGAUCAUAGUGACACAAGAUUCCUUCCAGCAACCACCGGAGAAAAAGAAAAUCAACGUAAGAUGGGAGAAAUUAAUACAGCAGAUGUCAGAGAAAAAAAUAAGCUUGAAGUUGACAGACUGUCAAACUGCCAAGAGUAUAAAAAUGACAUCUCUACAAAUCAGGAUGAUAAUCCUCAAGUGAAUCUAGGAAUACAAGAUCAGAAGCUAAAUCAAACUAACAUGGAGAUAGUAAAAACUCAGGAUGUUGCUAUUCAGACAACUCCAUCUGAUAAUAGUUUUGGCAGGACUACACUAAGUGAAAUGAUUGUCCUUCAAGAUUAUGAGUCAUCCACCUUCAAAGGAGUAGCCCACAUGCAGAAUUUGGAUAUGGACAGUCCAUCUUCACAGUUGAUGAACAAGAUGCAAGAGUCUGUAGAAGUUUCAACAGAAUUCAACCAUCAGAGACAAGAAGCUGCAGAUGACAAAGCAAUUCCCAUACAAAAUCAAAGUAAUAUAUAUGAGAAUGAUAGUAGUUUUACCCCAUCAGAGAGAGCUCCGAAAAGUGCAAUUAGUUCUCCUAUUAAAGGUUACCCACUUUAUAGACAAGACUUCAAACCUAAACCUAAACCCUCUAAUGAAAUUACAAGAGAAUAUAUCCCCAAAAUUGGAAUGACUACUUAUAAAAUAGUGCCUCCAAAAUCUUUGGAAAUAUUGAAAGGUGGUGAGUCAGAUGCUAUGUCAGACGUUAAGGAUCAGAUUGGAGUCACCUUGGAAAUGUCCCCACAGUCAGAGAAUUCAAAAGACUUUGGAGUGCAAACUGAAAUUCUUAGGGUUUCAAAAAAUACAAGUCAGUCAGAGUCUGGUUUAAAAUAUGAACCUACUUCGGCAAUGAAUGAUCAGGUGCACAGAACUAACAGAAUUACUGACAGUGUCUCAACUUCUGAACUUGGGGUUACUACUAAAAGCAAGCACAUAGAAACAGAGGCUUCCAAACCCAAUAUAGGUAAUGGCAUAACUCCAUUGAUGCUAAACUCAGGUAACACAAAUUCUUCACUUGAGACUCAAGAAAAACCAAGUGUUUUCAGUCCUACAACGAAACCUAGUUCUUUUUAUUUACAGAUGCAAAGAAGGGCUUCAGGUCAUUAUGUAACAUCUGCAAUUGCCAGAAGUGUCAGUGCUGCUACAAGUCCUACUCAAAGAGAGGCUAUGAGUACAGAGAGAGAAAAAAAAUUAUCAGAUCAAACUUUUUUUCCUUUACAUAAAACAUAUAAUUUCCCUGCUGAAUUAGAUGAAGAAAAGGUUGAUAAUGAGAAAAAAAUUGACACUUCUACUUCUCUGAAAACUGCUAAACCUUCGAGUUUUCCCUCCUGUCAGCCAGUAACAUUGAAUUUAAGAACUCUUAGAACUUUUGCAGUUCCAAAACCAUAUUCCAGUUCUAGGCCAUCCCCGUUUGCUCUUGCUGUCUCAUCAGCAAUCAAAAGAUCACAGUCAUUCAGUAAACCACAUACCAUCAGUAGCCAGCCAUCAAAAGAGGAAUCUGCUGUUGAACUAUCCUCAGCACCUUCCACAGGAGAUGUGAAGAACCAAUUUUUACAGACCUUAACAGGAGGUUCACAACAUAGUAUGGAUAAGAAAAGUAAUUCUACAAACAAUGAACAAAACAGCCAGGUGCAAUCUUCAGCUGACCACCCAACUUCUUUUUUUGAGAGAGAAACUGCUUUAACGUUCCAGAGCUCUGACCCAGAACAGAUCCACCAGAGUCUGCUGGCUGCUAUCCGCUCUGGAGAAGGUGCUGCCAAAUUAAAAAGGGUUUCUCCUCCAUCAAAUACUAUAUCUGUCAAUGGAAGAUCCAGGCUCAGUCACUCAUUUCCCACAGAAGAAAAAUAUAACCAUUAGACAUUAUACCAAAUAUUUUUGCACUUUAGUACCAUUGCCUAGGCCAAAUUAAUUCUAACUGCAAAUUUUUUGCAAAUGUAAAUGCAGGUGUAUGUCACUAUACAUUGUUAAUUAAAAUAUAGGAAUUUCAUGCUGGAUCUCUUAAUUCCUGAGAGAGGUUUAUUAGAAUAUGUAAUUUAUAGUAAUAUUUUUGCCUUUUUUGUAAAAGCUGAAAAUGCUGCUUCAAAACUUUAAGAUGAGGUGCAGAUGAGUUUCAUUUUCAUUUAAAUGAAAAUCAAAUGUUGAUUUAAUUUUGUACUGUUAAGACUGAAUGACAUGUAGCAACAUGCUGAAAAAUACUGAUUUAGAGGAGUCUGAGAAUUUCAGAUUUAAGUUUAUAAUUGUUUAAUACUAAUGUUAAAUUGUGAGUUUAAAUAUACAGCUGCCACUUGUUGCCUCAAUGUUAUUUGUUAAAUUAAAUAUUGUAAUUAGCAGAAAAUCUUAAUUGUAUUCAAUGAAGCAACUCUAGAAUUUCCUAGAAAAUAGGUGUGUUUUCCUUUCUUCAGCUAAGAGUUGGAAUCAAUAUUAUUUGGCUUUUACUCUCAACUUUUUUCCUAAUAGCACAACAAACAUCAGGACCAAAAUAAUCUGAAGUUUUUCAUACUAUUUUAAUAUUUUCUUUACACUAAUAUUUGGCUUUUCUCAUUUUGCUCUAUAACAAGUAAUUUUUGUGAAUAGCUUUUUCUCAUAAUACUCAGAUAAGCAAUAAGUACCAGAUACCUUUUUAAAUAUUCUCAUCGACCUGCAGUAUAUCAAGUUUUGAUAGAGUGAAAGAGAAAUAAAAGAAAUGUGCUCACAUGAAAUAUAACUAAAAAGAUACUAAAAUGCUUUGAAAUUAUUCAUAAACAGUUUAUUAUAGUCUUAAAUCAGCACAAUAAUGGGAAAACAAAGCACAUUAUACAAAAGUCUAUAUUUAUAGAAUAAGCAUUUACUACUGAAAUAGAAAAGAGGUGAAGCUGGAACAUUAUAUAAAAAGAAAUGCCUAAUAAUAUAUACAGCGUUUAUCAGUUUCUUUCUUGUCAAGAUGAUACUUUUUAGGGGAAAAUGUGAUUAUAGUGAUGAUUUUAAAAAAACUAAAUUGUAGAUAUCUACUGCAAAUUGAGAUAUUUGCCAUUUUCUAAAAUAUUUCAUAUUGGGUUUGGUUGAAUAAAAGUAAUUGUAUUUAGUUUGUCUUUAACAAUAUUUAUUUUGUGUUAUAGAAACCAUUUGUAACAUUCAAUUGUAUUUUAAUUGCACAAAUUGGUUUAAAAUUGUUCAUUUAAGAAAAGGUUUAUUUUGAAGAAUGGCAUACUGCCUGUGUUUUUGUGCAAUAAUCUGGGAUCAAUGUACAUUACUUUCACUAGUUGGGAGUGGUCACAAGUAAAACUAUAUUAAAGUUGUAAUAAUGAUUAAAUACCUAAGAAUGUCCUAGUAAACAGUAAUUCUUAAAUACUAAAGCAAUGAAUAUUUAUUCACAC